UAGAUAAUAUUUUAUUCUAUCAUAAAACAAAGUAUAAAAACAUUGUAAUAUAAUUGCACUUAUUAUUCAAUUAAUAACUAAAACUGAUUUAACAUAUUUAUAAUCAGAAUAACGAAAUGUAACUGGAAAAUUCCAAUAGGUAAAUAUAGCUAAAUACACUUUGUAUUCAAAACAUUACGUUAAUGGUAUCAAACUAUUUACUUAUUACACUGCUCCAAGAAAAAACCGCUUUAUCGUGAGAUUUAUUAAAAAUAACUUUAUUAUUUUUAGUUCAAUUAAAAGUAGUUUUAAAAGACACUGUAAAAAUGCGUACGUCAUACAAAGCUGGUCUUCUUUUAUUCCGAAGUAUUUCCCUUACUUGACAAAUUAUAGACAUACACCUCAGAAAACAAACAAUAAUGGCUCCUGAUAGACACAGCUCCAGUCUGUAGUUACAUAUUACCUUAAAGGUUUGUGUUGUUAUCAGAAAACUGCCCCCCGUCGGUAACGUAUCACUCAGCCUUCGUACUACCACAGACACUCACGCACAUACAUACAUACAAAUUAGCAUAAAUACACAUAUCUACCUUAGUCAUAUAUAAAUACACCUAAGCCAGACAUACACUCACCGUACAUGUAAAUAUCAUUCUCCUAGUAUGCCAAAAUACAUAGAACGAAAUCCUUGAAUUAAAUAUGUCCUCGCGAUCUAUUUCCGGAGAGGUUGCUGCACAGCAAUUUAAUAUCCACUGCUUGCCAUUCCAUGUAAAUUUGGCCCAGCCAGGGGUCGAAGGUCCCUCCGAAGGGAAUUAAAGCUUGAAUCAGUCAAUGUUUACACGUGAUCAAAAGUGAAUACACACGGUUUCUAGAUCCCCUAGUUUAUAUCCGUGAACUUUAUUAUAUGUAUGGAAUGAUAAAUCAGACAGACCCCGGUUCUCCUCCAUUGACAACAGCAACCUACACACAACCACCGGCAGCCAUUUUCCCUUUCAGCUUGCUAGCAAGGGACUUUUUCAAAACACAUCCACAUAUUUUCUGUUCAUGACCGGUUGGCCGGCUUACAAUGGUAAUACACUUUUUUCCAGGUCAGCAGCGUCUUUCUCUGGGUCUAAAUAACCACUCCCUUCCUCGUAAGCCGUGACAGUUAUGUUUGUUUACACGGGCAACUAAGAAACCUAAGUAUGGGACAGGCAGAUAAGUAUGUCCACAGGGGAUUCGUGGCUAGCCAAUCACAGCCAUGCUUGCAUAGCUCGGAUAGACAACCCGCACCAACAAUAACUCAAUGUGUCGUGAUCACUACAGCAAGCCGCCAUGAUAGAACUCGCCUGGUAAUGCAGGCUACAGUGGCUUUUUACACGCCCAACAUAAUGUUGCUUUUUUCAUGGAAUUAUCAUUCUUAAAGGUAUGGAGGACUGGUGGUGUCUGAUAGAAAAUGGCCACUGUAUCCGGGCUUAUGGAUAAAACUCUUUGGAUAUUUACAUAAUGGACGCUCCACUUGAUUUUACUCUGGAUCGAGCUCGGCUUAUUGGUGCUAAUGCUAUUGGAACUUACGAAGCAGGUUUCGAUGCCGCCCAUUCCGCAGUGCUUGGACGACCAGGGGCAGGGGGGACCGCCCUACAGGACAUGGGCCGGGGAGCGACGCCAACGACUUCACAAUACCAAGCUUACCCGGCCCGAUACCUUCCUUCGUCACUCCCCAUCCCCUCCCCAGGUGGUGGGUACUCCAUGAUGUCUAGCUUUCUAUCAUCAGGAGGAGGAGGAGCGCCUAUGGGGGACCACCUCAAAGCAAUUAUCCCGGACUUUCAGUACUGGAAUAAUCCAAGUGACGCAGGUUGUGCGAGGUACAUUGUAAACAACAACACGAUCUACUCUUCGCCUUACCUUAACUACUUACCGGCCACUGAGUCCCUCUCUCUGUUUGCUCACAAUGUGGGCGUGGUUCCUCCCCCCACUUCCGGCCCUGCCCCAAUCAGCUACCACCGGAUGUAUGACCUGCAGAAAGAAGCUCUAUUUAAUGGAACACCUCAUGUACCGGGAGCACCAGCUCUGUUCCAAGCUACUUCCGGUAUCUCCCCACCGUCAACACGAGCUUCGGAGUCGCUCACACAUUCCGGGAAUCUAACAGUAAAAAAAGAAUCAGGGUCGUCAUGGAGACACCAAAAGAUCAUCAGAAAACAAACAUGUAACGAAAUCAGUCGACUCACAAAAGACGUUAAUCAGUUCAAAGCAUUCAAAGGACCCUGAUAAAAAGGCGGAUUCAAAGAAAUAUCC